UAUUUUAAAAUUUUAUAUUUUGCUUUUCAAUUUUGGCCAAUAUUUUGUUCAAAUAAGUUAAUCCGCUUGUGCAUAUGUUUAGUGCAUUCAUUGCAAAAAAUAUGCACGAGGUUUCCCUACUGCAUGCUACCGACGGCAAAUUGAUUUUUCUCAGCGGAAGACAGCAGACAGCAGAGGUAAAUGAAACAAUUUGAGGACAAGAGUCUGCUUUUGCGCAAAAGUGCUUGCAGAGACCAUAAGUGAGUGAGCACCAUCAUCGCAAGCGGCCACAUUUUAUUCCACUCGGCGGGAGGUCGGCAGCUAGAUUCAUUCGACGCAUGCUUUUUGUGCGUCACCGCGACCCAGAGUAAACAGCAGCACCUCUCGGUUAGAUUCUGUGUUGAUAAACACAAACGUACAGACGCACUCGGCCCAGCAGCAGCGCACACCUGACAGUCCAAAGCCAAAAUCGGGGCUGCUCGGCUCGGAAAUGGUGGUCGUCGCCCUCAAAAUCAAAAGAACUGACAUUGGAGAAAACGAGCCGGUGCUGAAAAGUUUAGAAGUCGAAGACGCUGAGGAACUGGAUGACUUAAAACGAAAUCUUGCCAAAUCACUCGACAUUCCCGCCUCAGAGGCGCUUAAAAAAGUGUUCAAGCUGCGCAGUGCCGACGGUGCGUUGAUCCCAUUGAGGAAAAUUGUAGACCAGCAAUGCGAGGAACAUGACCAACUCCAGCUGGAGGUGACUAAUUUUCAUCAAACUUCAGUUGCUGCAAAAGAGACUGAACGGCCGCUUUUAAGCGAGACGCUAGAAAAUAUCAAACUGUACAAAGAGCGCAUGAAAAAGAGGGUGGAUCGCCUUGAGGAAGAGGCUCCGCUCUUGAUGGCACGCAGAGACGAGGCCAUGCUCAAACAAAUCUCGCAACUCUCGACGCAGUUGCACUACCUCUCCGAUAGGCUGGACGAGAUGGCUGCGUCGGGCAGCUCGUCUUCCUCACACAAUCAAUACCAAUGAUAUUUGACCUGUUCGCCGCCACUCCUCAGGCGCCGCUGAAAAUCGUGGCGCUCCGAAAUGUUUCCUCCAGAUUUAUUAUUUCGACUCUACUUGUGAGCAAAAUGUAUUUUUGCUAUAGAUGCAUUUAAGGAUGAUGUAUUUAUUUUUAAGCAUAAUAAUAAAUUUUUACCUCCGCUAUCCUAAGUGUAAAAAUAAAUUUUAUUCCC